AUGCCAGCUCAACCGCUUAUUUUGUCGUCGAGACGAACGAUUUUGAUUGCCAUUUUGGCCCGUUACGAAGAGUUUCUUCAAAACUACCAGCCCGAUAGGGAUUCUAUCGAGGUGGAAACUCGUAUGGCCAAAUUUGACCAAAUAUGCAAGGAUUUGGAGAACCUUCAACAGCAGCUGGAGGACAGUGCAACCACUGCUGAAGAGAUGGCACACAAUGCCGCCCUUAGGGAGGAUUUUGAACGGCGCUUGAUUCGCGUUCAAUCGGCAUUGAAAGCGAAAUAUAGAGAAAUUCCGCGCAGCGAAGUGUCGCAGCAAGGAGCCGUAGACAGGGUGAUCGCUGAUCUGCCGACGCAUGAUGUUUCCACUCGCGGCUGGAACAUUCCUUCGGAAUUUGUUUUGGCUGACCCGCAGUUCGAUAAAUCAGCCCCGAUUGAUCUCAUCCUUGGUGCCCGUCAUUACGCUUCCUUCUUUACGAGCGUAAAAUCGCAUGAGCUUGCUCCGAACCUUCCAACUAUGCUGAACAGCGUGUUUGGGUGGGUCAUGAUUGGUCCCACCUCUCCUCAGAAUCCUGCAUCUCCGACCGAUUGCACCGCCGCGUCCACAAUCGUCUGCAUGGCAUCCCUGGAGGAGUCUCUCGAACGCUUUUGGAAGCUGGAAGAGUUAAGCGUCAAUGAUUCGUACUCACCUGAUGAGCGGCGAUGCGAAACAUUGUAUAAAGAAACCACUCAGCGCGACGAGUCGGGUCGCUAUAUUGUACGAUUGCCCAAACAGACCGACUUCACGGAAAAGCUUGGCCUGUCUAAAACUACCGCUUUGAGACGCUUCGAGCUGCUGGAGAGGAGGCUAGAACGCAACCCACAGCUCAAGGAAGACUAUCAUGCCUUCAUGAAGGAGUAUUUGGAGCUGGGGCACAUGUCGCUCAUGAACAAAGAUAGUGGGGAUGAACGGGCGUACUACCUACCGCACCAUCCCGUAUUUAAAGCCUCCAGUACCACCACGAAAGUAAGGGUCGUGUUCGACGGAUCUGCAAAAACAAGCACCGGUUAUUCCUUGAAUGACAUUCUAUGUGUUGGUCCAAUCGUGCAGGACGAGCUGCUUGAUAUUGUGUUGCGAUUCCGCACCUACCAAAUAGCACUUGUGGGAGAUAUAGCUAAAAUGUACCGACAAAUAUUGCUGCAUUCUGAUGAUCGUCGAUUGGUGCGCAUAUUCUUUCGAUUUUCGCCGCAAGCUCCGAUCCAAGUAUAUGAGCUCAACACCGUUACAUACGGACUAGCACCUUGCUCGUUUCUGGCUACACGCACACUUAUCCAACUAGCAGAUGAUGAAGGGACUGAGUAUGCGCUUGCACCUGCAGCCCUGAAACGAAACUUUUACGUGGACGACUUCAUUGGUGGUGCCAAUAACGUUCGCGAAGCUGUUCAGCUGCGUAAGGAGUUAUCAGCGCUACUUGCCAAAGGUGGGUUUGAGUUGCGCAAGUGGUCCUCAAACAAUCUGAGCGUACUCUCCGGCUUAAGCACCGAGUAUAUCGGCACACACUCAUCACUGCAUUUUAUACCCAACGAGACGGUCAAAGCACUCGGCAUCUCGUGGAAGCCUGAAUCGGAUGAGCUGUGUUUUGAAUCCAACACUGAGGCUGAUGAAGCCACGUCGACCAAGCGAUCUAUUUUGUCGAGCAUUGCCAAAAUGUACGAUCCGCUCGGAUUGAUAGCACCGGUGAUCGUGCGUGCUAAGAUGCUGAUGCAGGAGCUAUGGCUACUCAAAUCCGGCUGGGAUGAACCUGUUCCUAAUCACAUCUGUAAAAAAUGGAAGGCAAUUCAGAGCGACUGGAAAAUGUUAUCCGAGUACAGGACUAACCGUUACGCUCUCUUACCAGAUGCAACAGUAGAAUUCCACACAUUUACCGAUGCUUCGGAGGCCGCCUACGGAGCAUGUGUCUACGCUCGUUGUGAAAACGCGGCGGGAGAAGUCCGCAUCAGCCUAUUAGCUUCGAAGUCUCGAGUGGCACCACUGAAGCGCGUCACGUUGCCGAGGCUUGAACUAAGCGCAGCUGUCCUGGGCGCCCAUCUGCAUCAUCGCGUCAAGGAGGCAAUGCAGAUCGUGUGCGCCGAAUCGUUUUUCUGGUCCGACUCAACAGUGACGCUAAAAUGGAUUGCGUCACCUCCCAACUCCUGGAAGACGUUCGUGGCAAAUCGAGUAGCUGAGGUGCAACACUACUCUCAUCCAAGGCAAUGGAGGCACGUUCCUGGCACAUCCAAUCCUGCUGACUUGGUUUCCCGAGGCAUGUCGGCAGCACACUUCACGCAGAAUCAGCUUUGGAAUAGCGGUCCAGAUUGGCUUGUGCAACCUUCGUCCCAUUGGCCCAGCUCAGAUCCAGAACCAAGCGAUGAGGCGGACCUAGAAACACGCCAGAAUGGUACGCAUCAUUGCAUACUGCAUACGGUUUGUGCGCAACACCAAGCAGAAGGCGCGAUCCCAGCGACCGAUACCGCACACCAACGCAUCCAAGACGAUCACGCCCAAGUACGUGGAUGCUGCAAAACUGUGCUUUGCAGACUAGCCCAGCAAGAUGCAUUUUCCGCGGAAAUCAAGCAGCUAAAAAAGGGAGAAGCAUUGAUGAAACAAUCACCUUUACGAAAACUUACCCCAUUCCUGGAUACAGAAGAAGUAAUACGGGUGGGAGGACGAUUGAACUUGUCGCAACUACCGUAUCAGUCCAAGCAUCCAGCUGUUCUACCGAAGAACCACAAAUUCACUCGUCUACUUGCGGAAGAUUAUCAUGAAGAGAUGAAACAUGCUAGUGGAAGGCUAUUGCUAUCCCGCAUUAGAGAGCUGUAUUGGCCACUGGACGGACGUCGCUUGGUAAAAAGCAUUGCAAGGAACUGCUUCCGCUGUGUUCGGCAAGAUCCCGCACUCGCACGGCAGCCGGUUGGCCAGCUUCCACCAUCCCGCAUCACACCGAGCCGACCGUUUUCUGUAACCGGAGUGGACUACGCCGGUCCAUUCUAUUUGAAGCCAGCGCACCGGAAGGCAGCAGCUACUAAGAGCUAUCUGUGCGUUUUCGUGUGUUUCGCUACGAAAGCUGUGCAUUUGGAACUCGUAGGAGACCUCACAACGGCGGGAUUCUUAGCAGCGCUACGCCGAUUCACAUCACGACGCGGAUUGCCAGCCCACAUCCAUUCUGAUAAUGGGAAAAACUUCGAAGGCGCAGAACGUGAACUGAAGGAGCUUUUUGAGCUGUUCAACGACGAACAACACCGCAACACCGUGGCUACCAGAUGCGCUGACCGGGGAAUCACUUGGCAUUUCAACCCACCAAAGGCUCCACACUUCGGCGGAUUAUGGGAAGCCGCAGUAAAGACAGCGAAGCGACACCUCUAUCGUCACCUGGGCAAUACUCGGCUGUCGUACGAAGGCUACUGCACUGUGCUCCACCAAAUCGAGGCAGCGAUGAAUUCCCGUCCGCUGUUGCCUUUGUCCGACGAUCCCAACGAGCUAGCUGCACUCACACCGGCACACUUCCUUAUUGGCACAUCGAUGUUCGCCGUGCCUGAACCGGACUACACCCAGCUGAAAUCCUGCACGCUAGAUGAUCUUCAGAAGUGGCAGCUUUUGGUUCAGCGUUUUUGGAAGCAUUGGGCCACUGAGUAUCUACAAGAAAUGCAAAAAAGUUAUGCAAGUGGUGGCAGCAACAACAGCAACAUACUUCCCGGCAGGUUAGUGAUCCUCAUGGACGAAUCGUUACCCACCACUCGUUGGCCUCUCGCGCGUAUUGUUGAAAUCCAUCCCGGUGAAGACAAGAUAGUACGCGUCGUUACGCUCAAGACAGCUAAGGGAAUAAUUACGCGACCGAUCACGAAAAUAUGCGUUUUACCGCUCAGCACUGAUAGCGAAAACCCCGUGUAA